AUGAAUCACAUGGACAACUCGCCCUCUCCAGCCCGUUGGUUUCGGGUUUUAAAAAGAUCAAUGACUGGUGAAAGUCGUUCAAGGAAACCUUCUACCUUUUCCCUUUGUGAAGAAAUUCUGAAAACCUUACGAGAAUCUUUCUCCUCUGGGAGGACCAGACCUUACUCCUUUAGGAUAUCUCAACUGGAGGCCAUAUUGGAGAUGCUGGAGAAACACGAGAUGGAGAUUGUAGGAGCGUUGGAGAAAGACAUGAGCAGGCCUAAGUUUGAAACUGUUUUCUGUGAGAUUACAAUGAUCAAGAAUGAAGCCCUCUACGCAAUCAAGAACUUAGAGAGCUGGAUGCAGCAUGAGCCAGUCAAGAAAAACAUGAUUUCCUUCCUUGAUAAUUGCUUUGUGCGGAAGGAACCAGUAGGUGUGGUUCUUGUCAUCGGAGGUUCUAGUUUCCCUGUUCAGCUCAGUCUUAUCCCAGUGAUUGGGGCAGUUGCAGCAGGUAACUGUGUAAUUCUAAAGCCUUCUGAAACCAGCUCUCACAUCAUGGACUUACUACACACAAUCUUCCCUCUGUAUUUGGAUAAUAGUUGUUAUCAUCUUCUGUCAGGAGGGCACAUUGAGCUCCUUGAAAUUCUUGAGAAUAAAUUUGACUACAUUUUCUACACAGGUUGCACCAUGACAGGGAGACAGGUGAUGCAGGCGGCAGCAAAACACAUCACCCCUGUUUCUCUAGUUCUGGGUGGUAAGAAUCCUUGUUAUGUGGACAAGACUUGUGACCUCCCUCAAGCUGCUCGGCGAAUUGCUUGGGCUCGAUUCAUGAAUGCUGGGCAGAACUCGAUGGCUCCAGAAUAUAUCCUUUGUCACCCAGAAACAAGAGAUAAUCUCAUCCAUGCUUUGGGCUGUUGUGUUCAGGAGUUUUAUGGGAACAAUCCAAAAGAAUCGUUGCAUUAUGGACGCAUUGCAAGUAUAGAGCAGUACAAAAAGGUUAAAGACUUUCUCUGCUGUGGACAUGUGGCAUUUGGGGGAGAGACGGAUGAUGGGGAAAGAUAUAUAGCUCCUACGGUGCUCACCAAUGUUAAAGAAUCCGAUCCAGUCAUGCAACAGGAGAUACUGGGCCCAGUUUUACCUGUUUUAACGAUUCAAACCCUAGAAGAAGCAAUUGAUCUUAUCAACAAGAAAGGCCGGCCUCUUGCUAUAUAUGUCUACUCUGAUAACCCACAGGUUAUUUGUGAAAUCAUGGAGAGAACAUGUAGUGGGAGCUUUUGCUCAAAUGAUAGCAUGAUACAGAGCUUGUACACCGGACUUCCCUGUGGAGGAAUAGGAAACAGUGGUGUAGGGAUCUAUGGAGGCAAGUACAGUUUUGACACAUUCUCUCACAGUCGUGCCUGCUUGUUGCGCAGUAAUGCAGUUGAGUGUAUCACUUACCUCCGCUAUCCACCUUAUGCCGAGAAACAGUUGAUGCUUUUGAAAUGGGCCAGUACCCUUUCCAAGAAAAAUACAUGGUGCCAAAUUUUAUAG